UUAUUAGGGUUUACACAUUCGACAUUUUUGUAUACUCGAAACUACGAGAGACAAGAGAGAGAGAGAGAGAGAGAGAAUGGGGACGAGAGAGAAGGAUCAGACGACGCCGCAUCAGCCUCUAUUGAGCAGCCUGGUGGUACGGCCGUCGGACAGCGGCGGCGGCGGAGCUGGUGGUGGUAGCGAUUACGAGCCCGGCGAGGUUCGUCGGGAUCCGCCUCCGUAUUCUCGCUCCGAUCGAUUCUCCGAUAACCCCGGGUAUAGAAUUCGUGCAGGUUCUGGUUCUCCUGUGCGCCGCAGGAAUGCAGAUCACCGCUACAGUCCUGAUUUUGAUCAUCCAGGUGGCCACCACCGCAAUCGCGGGUACGGCAGUAUGAGAUCUCCUGGUAGAUAUCGAGACUAUUCACCCCCUUAUGGUCGUGGGAGAGGAGGUGGUGGCAGGUUUAUGAAUAGAGGAUUUGAUGGCCCUGGAUUUGGUCCUGGGGCAUUUAGAGGAGAAGGAAUGCCCAGAAAUAAUCCUAAUGUACGGCCAAGAGAAGGAGAUUGGAUAUGCCCAGAUCCCUUAUGCAACAACUUGAACUUUGCGAGGCGUGAGUAUUGUAACAAUUGCAACAAGUCUCGUUAUGCACCUGGAGGAAGUCCACCACCACGGAGGGGAUAUCCUGGUCCACCCCCUCCUCAUGGUCCCCCACGCCGAUUCCCUGGUCCUCCGUUGGAUCGUCCUUCGGGCAGGUCUAUGAAUGGCUAUAGAUCCUCUCCUCGUGGUUGGGCCAGAGACGGUCCAAGAGAAUUUGGGGCUGGUGGUCCUCCACAUCCACGGUAUGAUGGAGGCAGGUUUACUGAUCACCAAAUGCGCAGAGAUCGAUUGGACUACCCUGAAGAAGAUUAUAGAGAGAGGAGCAAGUUUGAUAGACCAAUGCCGCCACUGGAUUGGGGAAACAAGGACCGCGGUGGAAGGGAUAACUUCUUCAACGAGAGAAAAGGAUUUGAAAGGCGCCCACCAUCUCCACCACUGCCACCGCCGCCAUUGCCUCCGCCUCGUGGCCGAUGGGCACAUGAUGUGAGAGACAGGAGCCGGUCUCCAAUUAGGGGUGGUGGGCCAGCACCAUCUAAGGACUAUCGUCGGGAUAUGUACAUGGAACAGGGACGAGAUGAGCGGCGUGGUGGUAUGGGGCGAGAUCGGAUCGGCGAUGCAUAUUAGCUGUCGGUGGUGACUGGGAAGAGAAUUUUGGUUCAAAUAGUUUUGUGUGUCUUUAGUCUAGACAUAUGAUAUGUAGACUUGUGAACAGCUUAGAGAGGACUUCUCACCAUGGGCGAAGCUAUGCUUAAAGUAGUGGGUUCAACUUACUUCGUUUUUUUUAUUUAUUUUUUAUAAUAGAAUUAUGUAAGUAUUAUAUAAAUUUUUUGAGAGGUUUUCAUAAA